AUGAGCCAGGUUGACAGGGUGCCUGAUAAAUGGGCGGUGCUGAUAGGGGUUGACUAUUACGAGCAUCCCGAACAGCCCAUAACCACACCACGACACGACGGUCGAGGCAAUAAAAUUGAGUACAAAAUCCUUCAUGGUUGUGUCAACGACGUCCUUGCAGUUGAGCAAUACCUUGUCGACACAAUCAAGGUCGACCCGCAGCACAUAACGAAGUUGCUCGCCCCCUGCCCAGGACGAAAAUAUUUGUCACAGCUUCCUGUGGACAGCUACCGAGAUGCUUCCUAUGAUAAUAUGGUUGACGCUUUGAAAGUACCCAGGGGUGCUAAGAGGGGUGACUUCAUCUAUAUCCAUUUUUCCGGCCACGGGGCCCGCGCUACGACCAUUUUCCCAGAAUUGAAGGACGGCGGGGCUGACGCUGUGGAUGAAGCUCUUGUGCCAAGUGACAUCACCCGUGGCGGAAACUACCUACGAGACCUCGAGAUAGGUGUUCUUCUACAAGCUAUGGUAGACGCCGGUCUAGUUGUGACGGUAAUCCUUGACUGUUGCCACUCUGGCGGGGCUAUUCGGGGUGACGACGAUCCAGAGAUUGGCGAAACUCGAGGCAUUCCGAAUAUAUACAAAUCAGACCCGGAACGAGAUCUACCCAGGACUAUAGACAGUAUCAUGAAAUUCGGACGCCAGCCAUCGUGGAUGCACACUCCACAGGGCUUCGUGGUUCUUGCUGCGUGCCAAGAGCUCGAGACGGCCAAGGAGACGACUGAUAAAGACUAUACCCACGGUAUCCUAACGUACUGGCUUCUGAGUAUUCUUCGUAACAGCCCCGUGGAAAUCUCCUCGCAGGCGAUCUACGAGCGGAUCUGUGCCAAGGUGCAAGACAGCAGUCGAAACCAGACUCCGUACCUCGUAGGAGACAGAGACAGAUUCUUCUUCAGCAAGAAGCUCCGGUCGCGUGUCUACGCUUUAGCAGUCAGAAAAGCGCAUGUUGAGCCGUACAGAGUACCUAUUGACCGCUUAGUGUAUCUAUCUGGUGGAAAGCUUCAUGGAGUGGAAGAAGAGUCUGAGUACGCCAUCCUGCCCUGGGGCUUCGACCUUGGCAAGAGGUUUGAUGACACCGACAUCCUUGGCCGAGUCCAAGUAAAAAAAGUGAUGCCGGCGACAUCCCUCGCGCUUUUCAUCUUGCCGUGUGGGGUGCGUUGGGAUGAUAUUGAGGAUGGGUGCGCUGCUGUUCUGCAGAAGUUGCCCAUCGCGAAAAAGUCCACAGUCCAUUUUGUCACACCUGACGAAAAUUUGAGGGUUAAUUUCAAAAAAGAAUGGGAUCAACUUCAUGGCGACCGAACUUGGCUUAAAGUCAAUGAAGACAAUAGCAGCCCAUUCUUCACCAUCUCCGUCGACGAUAGCGGCAAUUUCAAAAUCCGCGACUGGUCGGGCAAUCUCACUGCGGUCAUCGAAAACGCUCUGAAAUCACUGCCGGCCGCGAACGCUGACAGUAUGAGGGCAGUCAUACGUCGCCUGGAACACCUUACGAGGUUCAGAAUUACAAAAGAACUGGCCAAUCCAGACAUAGGGCCCGGCACACCAUCCGGUUUAAUCAGAGUCGAGGUAGAUACUGUAUCUGAGGGCCAGAGCGUGUCGGGACGGUGGUUCCCCCCUGCGGAGAUCGGAGAGUGGGUGCCAGGAGUUUAUGAGGUGCCCGAGAAGACCAUGUUCCGCAUCGCAAUUAAGAAUCAGUCCAGCCGACCCUUGGGCUGUGUAGUCCUGGACUGCGGUGCAGAGAUCGGCAUCGAGCACGUUUUUCCACGAGGCGAACCUUAUCGCAUCCUCCAUCCGGGCGACCACGAGGACGCGUUGUUCUGGAUGGAGAUCGCAUCAGAAAUGCGAGUAUCAGCGCAGGGCGGUAUUCCCGUUGUUGAUACAUUAAAGGUCUUCGUGUCCGAUCCUCCAACGAAUAUUGACUCGCUCAGGCUCCAGGGGCUAAAGGAGAUGGAAGACGGCAGACGGGGCGGUGACGGUGAGAUGUGGGCUCAGAACUUGGAGGAUCUCUUGAGCUUCCUCAACACGAGCCGGCUCGCAAAAUCUCUUCCGGCUCGCGGUGCCCUGAAAGCCGACUGGGAGACGUUCAACGUUAAAAUUCGAAUCAAGCCAUCCUCCAAUUAG